AUGGCUGUAGUUCAAAUUUCAAGCUCUCUCUGCACUUCAAUUCGAGUGUCAAACCCAGUAAGCGUUUAUUCUAUUAGUGGCUCAACUCGUGCUCAAUUUGGGAGUGUUUUUGCAACUGGUUCUCCCCUCUUGAGCAGGAACAGUUUUUCUCAGAUAAAAGCUGUACCAAGUAGAGCAGCAUCAGUUUCCAUACGAUGCGGGCAGAGUACCAAUGAAAGUAAUUUGGACGUAUGGCUUGGUCGAUCUGCCAUGGUUGGUUUUGCAGCUGCUAUUACUGUAGAAAUAGCCACAGGCAAAGGACUUCUGGAGAAUUUCGGGGUCUCGGGGCCCUUACCCACAGUAGCAUUGGCAGUCACUGCAUUGGUGGGCAUUCUUACAGCCGUCUUCAUCUUCCAGUCUGCGUCAAAGAACUAAUUAUUUCUUUUCCUCUUCUUGUUUUAUGUAUCUAAAGAGUGAUAUUGAUGCAUCCUUAUUCAUCUAAACGAAUAUUGUCAAUUUGUCGAUAGAAAAUUUAUUUACUGCAGAAUUUUCCCUUCCUUUAGCCUUGUAAGAAUUUGUGUCUGCUACCAAUGUUCAAGUGGUCAUUCAAUCGAACAUUAUAAACUGGCUUUUGCUAA